AUGGCUUCAUCCAAGAACGUGGUAUUCGACAUCGUCGGCACGCUCGUGAGCUACGAUCAUCUUUACAAUGCAAUUGACCGCCGCCUAGGCGACCGUCUUCGUGCUGAGGGUAUCAAGCCCUGGCUCCUAGGUUCAGCAUGGAUGGAAACCGCCGAACGCGAAUACACCAACCUCAGUAUCUCCGGAAGGUAUGCUCCAUACGCCAAGGUUUUUGAGUCCCUCUUCUAUCGCAUCCUCGGUAUGAUGGGUGGCAUUGAGAAUCCGCGUGCUUUUGCUUCCGCUGAGGACCUUGCGCAUAUCAUGCAUGAAUAUCAGUCCCUUACUAUGCGUCCUGGGGCUGCGGAGUGUGUACAGAAGCUACGUGAUGCUGGAUUUACCGUUUGGGCUCUCACGGCUGCGGAUCUGAAGCGUGUUGGGGGGUAUUUCGAGAAAGCUGGAAUUGAGUUGCCAGCUGAGAAUUUGCUUUCUUGUGAUUCGGCUGGAGUUGGGAAGCCGGAUUUGGCGGCGUAUACACCUUUGUUGGAGAGAUUGACUACGGAGAAUGAGGGCAAGAUUCCGUGGUUUGCUGCUGCUCAUAUGUGGGACGUUUCUGCUGCACGGAGGGCUGGAUUCAAGGGGGCAUAUUGUACAGUGCUCGAGCAGGAGGCGUUGACCAAUCUAUUUGGAGAUAUGGAUGUCAUUGGUGAUACGCUGCCUGAGAUGGCUGAUAAGAUUAUUGCCCAUCAGGCAGGCAAUUAA